AUGGAUCUCAGCUUUGGGAUUAGAGUUGGUAGAAAAGGGGCAAAGCCUUGGACGUGGAAGCCAAACCCAAGAAGUGACUAUAGACUAAGCGAUGGAAAAUACUUUACUUCACAAAACGCCGAGUAUGUUGUUGGGGGUAUCCAGGAUAGUGUUGAUGAAUGUGGCGAGCAGUGUCACCCAGAUUCCAUUUGUGUUCAACGAGGGAACAUUAGCAAUUGUGAAUGCAAGGCUGGAUAUGAAGGAAAUGGUAAAAACUGUACUGACAUUAAUGAAUGUGAAAGGAACAAUGGAGGUUGCAUGAAUAUUUGUAUUAACACUCCGGGAAGCUCCUCCUGUGUAUGUGGAGAUGGAUUUAAGGAGAUGUCUGGAUCUGAAGACUGUCAGGAUAUUAAUGAAUGUGAAAAUCCAUUGACUAAUCAAUGUGAUAAGCAUGCUGAAUGCAUUAAUACAGUUGGAUCUUACUACUGCAAGUGCAACGACUUCUACACGGGCAAUGGCACACAUUGUGAAGAAUGCUCUUGCCCUCCUCAGAGUAAUGAGACUAUGAAUGCUAAUAAUUCGAUGAGCUGGCCAUCAUGUCCAUACACAAAAGGAUACCUCAUAUCAGAUAACCAGUCAUUCCAGAAUGACAGUAAUGCUCGCUGGGUCUUUAAUCUUUCCCAAAAUGAUGUCGGAGUUCACAAAUAUACAGGAAUGAGGUUUUAUGUGCUGAACUUGAUGGAAAGUGAGACAGACUUGUCCAUUGGAUGUGGACCACUUCCCAGUGAGCAACCAAAAGUCACGUUUUACGGUUUGGACAUCCCCCCUGGGACCACCAAGGAGUUUUAUUUAGAGUGUGAACAACUGUGGGCAAAACUGGCCUCUAGCUCAAGUCAGUCCUCUGUAGGAAUGAAAGUCUGGUAUGAAAUGGAUAUCAACGAAUGUCUGGACCUCUGCGUAUGUCCGGAUGAUGCAGAGUGUGUGGACGUUGAUGGCUCAUUUCAGUGUCUGUGCCAUCCCGGCUUUAAAAGGAUAGGAGGGGAAUGUAUAGAAAAUGUGUGUCCUUAUGUCACAAUUCCACCUUUUAAUGGAGUUUACCAGAGAUCAUACUGUAGCCAGACCUCGGGCUUCUUGUUGUCUCCCAGCUACCCUGCCGAGUAUACGAGUAAUGAAGAUGUGGCCUGGUGGAUGAACCUCACCAACUCUGAAGCUAUUCAAUUUAAUUUGCUCAACUUUAGCACAGAAGCUAAACAGGACUUCUUCUAUAUAUUCAACUCCUCGCUUAUGAAUUCCUCUUACAUAGAAUAUGAGAUUUCCGGAAAAACAGGCUCUUUGCAAGACACUCACUUCCAAAACCAAAUGGCUGAAGUGGCCGACAUCUUGCAUCUUAAGAGGCCCGCAGAUGAUGACAGCAUUGCCACCAGAUUCAUUUCAGAUCGAGCCCAUAAUGGCUAUUUUAAAAUAUUUUUCCAGAAAGAUGGAAACGAAUGUGCUGAUGACCCAUGUCAACAUGGUGGAACAUGCAUGGAUGUGGAGUUUGGGUUUAAUUGCAUCUGUAACGCUGGUUACCAUGGGCAGUAUUGUGAGCAAGAAUUCACUGAAGUCGUCAGUCUUCGGUGUACUACAAUGUGCACAAAAGUACUGUUGCAGUGGGAAAUGAAUGCGGAAAGCUUGCCAAUCCAAAAUUUUCGCGUGGCCUAUGGUCGGAUAGAUCAGAACUGUGUGUCAGUCAACCGGACUUCAGGAAGUGCCAAUGAGAUAAUCCUGUCAAACCUGACACCAUAUCAGGAAUACCUGAUCGACGUCAUAGCAGACGUGUACACCGGACAAACAGAAGGGAAGAGCUGCAUGGUGAAGACUACAUGCUUUGGAGAGUGCCACAAAGCAUUAGAAAAUGUAACAUUGAGUCUAGUUAGCAGUGACUCUGCAACAAUUCAGUGGGAGCCACCAUUGAUGGGGAUGUCUUUUGGAAAUCCUGGCAAUAUGUAUAUCAUUUAUCACAAAGAGCCCUAUGAUGACACAGGAGUCACGGCAGUCAGUGUUCCAAUUACUUCUUCCAAAAUCACAAUAAAAGGUUUGCAAUCCAACACGUCUUACCGCAUUUGUAGCAGAAGCCACUUUCCAGAGAUCAUUUGCCCACCCAACACAGGUGUUCUCCUGAGGACCCUUGCUGGUAAGUCUUUUCAUUUUGAGGAGGACUAA